UUCUGAUCAAAAGAAAGGAAUCAGAUCGAGCUACUAAGAAGAGCUCUUUCAGCCCCAUUUUGUUUGUUUGUUUGUUUGCUCGGAUUCAACUUCCAUGGCUCCUGCACCCAAUAUUAAUCCUCCGAUCAACGUUGGCCACAUAGAUGAUGUGCAAGAGCUGCGAAAGACUAAACCAAUAACAGUUCCAGAAAGGUACGUCCGCGACAUGGCUCAGCGGCCAACGCUAGCCACCUCCUCCCCUUGUUCUUCUUCAGCCAUGAGCAUUCCAGUGAUCGAUCUUUCGGAGCUUGUUGAAGGUGGCGAAGAUGAAGUGCAGAGAGAAGUACUGAAGCUCGCUUCCUCCUGCGAGGAGUGGGGCUUCUUUCAGGUUAUAAACCAUGGGAUUGAUAAGGAGCUGCUGGAGAGUAUUGAGAAGGUGACAACAGAAUUCUUCAUGCUACCACUGGAGGAGAAACAGAAGUAUCCAAUGGCGCCGGGGACCAUCCAGGGAUAUGGGCAUGCAUUUGUGUUCUCAGAGGAUCAGAAGCUGGAUUGGUGCAACAUGUUGGCUCUUGGGGUUGAGCCCCACUGCAUAAGAAACCCAAAACUAUGGCCAACAAACCCACCUGAGUUCAGAGAGACUCUUGAGACAUACUCAACGAGUAUAAGGAAGUUGUGUCAGACUCUACUGAGAUUCAUAGCCUUGAGCCUUGGCCUGAACCAAGACAGAUUCAAUGAGAUGUUUGGGGUGACUGUUCAAGCGGUGAGGAUGAACUACUACCCACCAUGCUCGAGGCCCGACCUGGUGUUGGGUCUGAGCCCCCACUCGGAUGGAAGCGCCCUGACUGUGUUGCAGCAGGGAGCAGCUGGUAGCUCAGUCGGGCUUCAAAUCCUCAAGGACAACAUCUGGGUUCCUGUUCAACCGCUGGAAAAUGCUCUUGUCAUCAACAUUGGUGACACCAUAGAAGUUCUUACGAAUGGGAAAUACAAGAGCGUCGAACACAGAGCUGUGACACACAAGGAGAAGGAUCGCCUCUCGAUUGUAACAUUCUACGCACCAGGCUAUGAAAUCGAGCUUGGCCCUUUGCCUGAAUUGGUGGACAAAAACCAUCCUUGCAUGUACAGAAGAUACAACCAUGGAGAAUACAGUCGCCACUACGUCACCAACAAGCUGCAAGGCAAGAAAACUCUGGAUUUCGCCAAGAUUCAGACCCAGGUCUCAACCAAUUAAGACCCCACAUCCCCCAUUAGAACUGUGUAUGGAGGUAUUAGAUACUAGCUGCUUCAUUAUAGGAAUUUAAUUUGUCUAUAGACCUUGUGAAUAGAGAAAAGCAAAGAAGAGGUUCUGAACUUUCAGAGAUUGAAUGAACUAAAUAUUUGAUGUUAGUCUCUCUUGUACAUGUCACCAAUUAAUGGACAAUCGUUGGGCCUUGUUUGUAUAAAA